AGAGAGAGAGAGAGAGUUGGGACAACAUGUCCGCUAUAUUCCUCAGACUCUACUUCUCACAGCGCCAGCUGCAGGAGGUGGCUUUUCUCUCUUUAGUCUCUUACCAACCAUGACAGAGACUGGGAGUAGCUUGCGGAGCGCCACAAGUGAAGGCCUUUUGAAAAAGGAGAGUGAGAGGGAAGGUAGAGAGCAGUAAGCGAGCGAGCAAGAAGAGUCCUGCCCUCACAAAAGCCAUAAAGGAAACAGCAGUCUAUUUUUGUUCUCUCUUCGGCUACUUGGAUAUAUGAAUGGAAGGGAUGGAGAGCGUUGUCGUGACAGGGUGUGAAGGAGGAAGAGGAGGAGGAGAUGGAGCUGGAGGAGGUGGAGGAGGAGGAGGAGUGGAAGCAGGUCACUCUUCUCCGACUUUGUCGCCAACUCCUCCUCAGCUUGUGGCAUUUUCCAGCGGGGUUGUUGGCGUGACGGGGAUGCCCGUGCUACCGUCGGAAGGGGCCGGCUUGGCCAUGGGGAUGAUGGGGAGCGGCGGCUAUGGGGGCAGCAGCGAGGGAGAUCUUCCCGCGCCGAAGAAGAGAGGGAGGCCCAGGAAGUACGGAUCGGACGGCAUGGCCCUGGCGCUGUCGCCGACCUCCGGCUCUGCCUCCCCUUUCUCUCCUGCUUCCUCCGACGCCAAACGGGGUAGAGGGCGGCCACCUGGCUCCGGGAAACGCCAGCUCCUUGCGGCUCUUGGAGAAUGGUUUGCGUGCUCAGCCGGUGGGAGUUUUACGCCGCAUGUUGUGACCAUUGCCACAGGGGAGGAUGUCGCUGCUAGAAUUCUUUCCUUCUCCCAGAAGGGUCCGCGGGCUAUCUGCAUACUCUCUGCGAAUGGGGCUAUCUCCAAUGUUACUCUGCGCCAGCCAGGCUCUUCCGGUGGUACCUUGACUUAUGAGGGCCGAUUUGAGAUACUGUCCCUGUCGGGGUCCUUUACAAUUUCUGAAACCGGUGGUAUGCGGAGUAGAACUGGUGGGAUUAGUGUGUCGCUUGCUGGACCUGACGGCCGUGUUAUUGGUGGAGGAGUUGCUGGAUUAUUGCUUGCUGCCAGUCCAAUUCAAGUGGUGGUUGGAAGCUUCAUGCCGAACGUAUACAAGGAGAAACAAGCAAAACCAACUCAUCAAGCACAACCUUCAGCACUUCCAGGAACUACUGGUUUAUUGACAGCUGCAAUGCCUAUUUCUCAAGCAAACCCCGAAGAAGACUGCGAGACCCCAACCUCAUCAUCCUUGGCCAGACAAACCCAUGCCGAAAAUAGCCUGUGCGGCCCCAAUCCAAACUCUACUUGGCAUGGUCUACAGUCAUCAGAACACAAGCCUUCUCCUGAUAUUAACAUAUGCUUACAGGGAGAAUAGCAUCAAGGUAUUCACUCGUCUUUACACCCUAACACUAUCAUACUCUUCUAACAUGUUCAGCAAGAUUUCUGCUAGAUGUCAGGUUAGUGGAUAGCCUAGGAGUCAUUGUGCACCUGAUUUGAUGAAUGAUCAAAUGGUAUCCUAUUAUCGGUUGGUCUUUUUAUUGUCACCUUAGUCGUCAUUAAUGUCGUCGUCGUCAUCGUCAUCGAUCAUUGUUUCUUUGUGUUCUUGUGGAAGAAGCUCGAGGAGCCUGAAUCUGUGCAAGGAUUUUUUUUGGUGACCAAGGUUUCUGUAUGAUUCAUGAUAACUGCUAAUGUUUUGAGUCAACUUGAUUCUGUGGUUAUU